CAGUUAACUAGUUGGCAAGUGGACCACGAGGGUGAAUAUACGGCACGGAGUGCGUCAACUGGGGUAGAGAUUUCUGGCUUGAUGUACCACGACAACCGGCACUUGUCUGUCUCUUCGUUCUGAUUUUAACACUGCUAAUUUUUGGUGAGCUAGUAAUGGCAUCUGAGCAUUUCAAAGUUACAUCAUAGGAUUUACAUCUCGCUCGGAGUGAUAGAGGUUUUGUAAUGAAUGAUCUGAUAAGUUCGUACUACUUAGCGUUACUCAGGCUUCCAGGUCAUUCCCUCUAUCUUUAGUGUAUCUUAUGAUUGGUAACAUAAGACUACUGCUUGCCAUCUUAAAAUACCCAACAAUUAUGUCCACGAAAGGAUAUGCAAAUGUAAUUCACGUGGCCGUCCAGUGAGUUAUAUUUGUUACCCGGUCAUGGAGGAUUGCCUCUAAAUAGUGUCAUGAUGCAAUAUAAUGUGACUUCUUGCUCUGACAAAAGGAUAUUCUUACUCAACGUAAAUAAAUUUAUUCUGGUAUUUUUUAUUCACUGAGUAUGCAAGGGUGAAAUAUUAUUUCAAUUACCGUGUUUUUAUUUGGUUCUAUUAGCAUUGAAGAAUACAUUAUGCCAUCUGUUACCGGACGUAUCGAAGAGGUAAAUAUGACAGAGAACACAGGAAAAUUACCUUGUCCUCAUCUGAGAGAGAAAAGCGAUGAAACACCACACAUAGAGGAAAAGAAGGAAAAAGAAAUCAAAGAGCAGGCCACUCAACUGGACGAAACAGGUAGGAUUUAUUAAUCUUUCUAUGCAGUAUUAAUGAAAUCUCAACUCCUCGGCAAUUUGCAUAAAGUGAUUUGUUUGGAUUUAUUCCUUGUUACUGUAAAUUACUAUUAUGUCUAACUGUUAAGCAAUUCUUUAAACUGAAAAUUGUCAUCUCGUAAACGCGUUUAUUUAUUUUAAUCUUUGGAACUCAUGAGAAUCGUGCCAAAGUCGCAGUAUUGAGCACUGCAAUUAUUUAAAUUGCGCCAAACUUACGUUCUUGUCUAAUAGAAUUACAUUAUGUAACCAAAACUUUUCGCCUUGGUGAAAUGUUAGGGCAUAUUCGAAUAAAAGUUCUGUUUUCAAAUGUCGGAAAACCACUGUCUUUGUCAAAUAGUUGUCUGCAUAUUUAAAUUUGUUAAUAUGAUUUAUUUCUCUGUUAUAAAAAAAGUAAUAUUGAUACUCUGGUUGCUUUUUUUUGCCGGUUUACUAUACUCAUUCUUAAUUAUUAAUAUGAACUAAGCUGAACCAUAUUGUUUCAUUACUCUCUUAUUGUUAACUUAAAGGGGAUAAGUUGAUAGUGGAGAAACUUUCCAACUGACUAUAGGGUGAGCAUGCAAAAAUGUCUUGUCCAUUUUUGCAUUCUGACUUGGACUGAUGGACACCAGAAAGUUACCCUUGAGAAUUACUAAGCCUUCCUUACCAGCCUCUGAAUUAUGGACCAUCAAAUUUCCAUUUGUGCUGUUUUUUUUUUAAAGGGUAAAUUUAAAUAUGAUAUCUGGGGCAUAAAUUACUUAAGAUGUAACAUAAUGGAAAUUACAAAUUUCAAAAUAGCCGAGAUUUUAAAUUUUUAGUUGAUUCAAGAUUUCUAGCAACCUGAUUACUUGAUUUUAGUCAUAAUGUUUCAUUGUAUUUAGACCAGUUGGCUCAUAUUUUCAACAUCUGAACUCUUAGGAACAAAGGAUGGUACAAUUGUACAAACUGGAACAGUCAACUUACACUUUCUGAUUCCUGGAUCAAGUGAACCAAUCACAGCCACAGUAAGUGGGUGUAAAGAUAUCUAAGUGUGCUUAUUUGACAUAUUUUCAAAGGACAUCCCAUAGGUUUUUGUAACAUAUUUCAUACUGACAUAAAUAGAUAAUUAAAAAUAGUUUAUUCAAUAAUUCAUAUAUGACCUUUGGACUGUGUUAAAACAAAGAGUUUAUUGUUGUUUUGAUCUUUAUACAGAGCUCUGUUUUGGGUUUUACUCUGAAAGUGUGCCUAUUUUUUAUUGUCUCUUAAAUUUUCUGAAAUUUUGAUGUGUGGAAAGGUUUUUUUCUCUGUACCCUUGAUACAAUACAGAGGUACAGGACCAGUAUGUUUCAGGUUGAGUUUUGGUUGGAAUUAUUUAUGUAAGUAGACAUCUACAGUUAUUGGAGAGAUGAGAUAAAUCAACAUACUCUUAAAGUAUAGAUUGCUGAUUAAUGAACUAAGUGACAGAAAAAUAUUUCUUGAAAACCAAAUAAGUACUGAAUAUGUUAAGAAAGAUCAUCAAUCUUACAUGUAUUUGACAUUAAGUGACCAACAGCUCAAUCUAGUGUAACAAUAUGUUACAAGAAAUGUCAGUAGGGGAGGACCUAACCAUUUACUGUAUCUAAUUUUUUUUGCAGUUUUCCUUACAAGACAAUGUUCAAGACCUCAGACAAAUUGUUCUUGAUCGACCAGAGAGCUGUUAUAGGACUUGUUUCUCACUUCAAAUAGAUGGUGUACGGCUAGACGAUUUUGCUGAACUGAACAUGAUUGAAGGCCUAAAGGAUGAAGCUACAGUAAAGGUUGUAGAAGGUAUGAUGCAUAUGAUUUAAUUACAUUAUACAAGUUAACAAUAUCCACUUUAUUGGCCAUGAAAGACUGCAGAUCAGUCACCAUUGAGGUUUUCAUUAUCUUUUGGUUUCCUUCUGUCAGCACUGUGAUAAAUCCCUGUCAGCAAAGUGGAUAGAAUAUUAAAGGUUUCCAGUUGAAGUGAUGGCUUGGGUUAUUGUGAUGUGUUCAUGAGCAAAGCACUUCACUAUCAUGGUGCUUCACUCAAGAGUAUAAUGUUAUUAGUGAAAAUGAAUGAACUGUUUGGGAAACCAGGGGUGACAAUGGACCAUUCAGUGGAAGGAAUAAUACUUCUGGUUGCUUUAUGCCAUAGACUUUAGGAUAUCCUUUAUUUGCUGAUCCUGGUUUCUGUGCAAGGCUAGACUAAGAAUUUUCAAGCUAUUUUGACUUUUCUUUUUGAGCCUCGAUUAUGAGCCUCGGUGUGUCAUAUUUUCCCUCACUUGUUUUGUUACAUUGUAUAAUUUUUGACAAUGUGUGGAGGUUUUUAAUACAGUUAUUAUUGGUGAGUAGUGUAACAGUACUGUGAGUACUCUGUCAGUAUGUCUCAAUGUAAGAUAAUUUAGAAGUGUAAUAUAUUCUGAUUACAGAACCAUAUUCUGUAAGAGAAGCCCGCAUACAUCUGCGACGAAUCAAAGAUCUCCUCAGCACCAAUUUUCAUGUCAAUGCCUAUUCUGCAAUAGACCAUCUUUCUUUAUCCUUCCUGUCUGCAGUAGCUGGUGUUGAUGUAGAAGGUAAAUUCAUGUGAUUUUGAACUGACUACUUCAGUGAGAAUCUAACAUAUGCCUGUUAAACUAUGUCUAGCACACAUCCACAGAUCAGAUUUAUUGACUGGAUAUUUCCAUUCAAAAUUCCUACUAUAUCUAGCAGUUUUCAUCAGAAUCAAAUUUCAAAAUUUAGUUUUAUUUCAUAUGUGAUAUUAAGUGGAUAAAAAAACCAAAAGCUUACCAACCCAAUUAGGUUUUUUAAUGUUAUAUAAUUGUACUUUCCACUGACUCUUUCUCCAUUCUGACUUGUGUAACUGUAUAAAUGUUGAGAUGUUGUCGCCUUCCAUAGGCUUCUUAUUAUGCUGGAAGGAAUGCCAAAUUUUGAAAUUUGAUUCUGGCAACUGCUAACUUUUAAAAUAAUUGAAUCAUUAAGGAAAUAUGUGGGGAUAUGCUGCACCUUUUUUCUGGUUUUCUCACAUGCAAGAUCUUGGUUUAAAUUCUAUCAAAUUAUAUUACAUAUCAUAAAACUUCAGGUUGGUUAUGAUAAAAAAACUGCAGUUGAUAUUUCAUACAAUUGACAAUUGCUGAUUAUAUACACAGUUGCUGCUGUGUACUUACAUGCCUGAAUUUUUUAAAGUUUUGUAUCUUUAUGUGAUUGCAGAGGAAGUUUUACGUGUUAAGGGACAAAAUGUGGGUACUGUUUCUACAGAGGAAUGUCUACCUCCCACUCAUGUGUUUGCAUCAGAUGAAAUUCCUUGUCUAAUGGAACCUUUGUUCCCAUCCAAUGCAGAACCAAAGGUAAUCAAAGUUUGAAAGCUGAGAGUUUCAAGACAUAUAUGUAACAUGGUUUUCAGGGUCAAUUUCUCAAAUGUUUUAUCAUGUGGUAACAGUGUUUCCUUGAACUAGCAAAGGAGUACUGCUUUGCUGAUAGGAUGACAGUGAAAGUGAAUGUUGUUCAAGCAAUAUCAUAUUCCUGGAACACUUUAUGGUGUAGCUAGUCAAUUAUCAGAAUCAAUCAGAUCUUUUGUGCAACCCAUGUUCCUGAUAAAUGUUUAUAAUUAUCGUUAUUUUAUGUUAAUUUUACUCAUCCUUAUUUAUCUGUUCAAUUUACAAUUUAUUUGUUUGUAUAUUCAGCUUCCACAAUGUUUGAAGCAGUUAUCUCCAAGUGCAUGGAACCCUCCUCCUGGGAAUAGACGACUUGCAGGUUAGAGACACAUUAUCACCCUCAUGAAUGUAAGGUGACCUUAUGCAGCCUUGGAAAGGAAACAAAGAAUCAGAAUACUUAUAGGAAACAAGGAGCUAAAAGUCUCUUUGUGCAACUGAAGGAGAAACCAAGUAAUGGGUUAAAGGAUAGACUCUAUUGAUUCAUAAGGGGAACCCUGAUUAAUUUUUAAAAGUGAUUGUAGCAAGAGUUUUUGUUUCCUUGCCCAAUACAUCUUUUUCUUUUGUGCCUUAAUGUGCUCAAGUACUUGGACUUGUUCCCUUUUGAAAGGAAUGUUUCUGUUGAUUUCCUUAGCCCCCUCAAAAAUUUAAAGUGAUUUUUUUCAUGGUGCUGACUGUUGUUGUUUAAACUGCAUUUUCUAUCAGGGGACCUCCUAUAUAUUGAUGUGGUUACUUUAGAAGAUGUUCAAGUGAACAUUACUGCUUCCACGGGUGGAUUUUUUGUGAACAGGUUAGUUUUACUUAUGUAUCUAAUAACUAAAAAUAGUAAUGAUAAUGAUGAUUAUGACAAUCAUGGUAAUCUCUGUAAUGAUACUGAUGAUAAUGCACUUGUUGAUAAUGAUAAAGGAAUGAACCCUUAGAUACAUGUUGCACUUGUAAGUUGUUGUUGAAUCAUGUUAAUUUGCAUGUGUGAGAAUUUGAGGGGUAUGUUUUCUUUAUUUAUUGUAGAACACAUGAUGGAGUAUUUAAUACUCAACCUCAUAGUGAGCCAUGUCGUUCACAUACACUUGUAGGACUUUUAAACCAGGUAAGCUUCUGUGUGCAGUUGUAGUAGUAGUCUCCAUCAGAUAUUGACAUUACUUAGUAACUACUGAUGGAUUUAACAUGCAAAUAAAUGUCUUUCUUAAUUCUGAACUUGUAGGAGUGAUCAGUAGUUUAUUUUCCCUUAAAAUGUCCAUCAACAUUCAAACAAACUGUUAUUAUGAGAAAAAUAUCAGGGGGUAGUGUGAGAAAGAAAAGAUGGAAAGGUUGUCAGUGGGAUAAUUAAAAUUCUGAUUUGUAGGCUACACACUCUUUCUGUUCCCUUUUGUACUUGCUUUUGGGAAGUUUUACUGUGGUACUAAGUACAUCAUUGGUACAAUAUUAGCACAGAUGGUAGUAUACAUUUCAGCAUGUUGAAAUUGUUAUUUUCAGUAGGUUUUCUAAUCUCAAAUCACUUUCUUCCCUUUUUCAGUUAAGUCCUAUGUUUAGGAAGAACUUUGCCCUUUUGCAGAAGACAAGGUAUGAAGACUUUGCUCUCCUUUUUUAGAGGUCAAUUAGAAUUUAACAGUUUCUACAUCAAACAACUAGCUAUAACUGAUUUAUCUGUGAAUUUUUCAGCUUAAAAAGACAUCCUCUUGAAGUCAUUCCAACUCCUUUUCAAGGUAUAGUUACACAGACACCACUCCUCUCUUUUGUGCUUGAUUUUUCAAGAGAGUUAUCACAGUUACUCUCUAAUAAAGAAACAGUGAAACAUUUCUUAUUUAAAUCAUUUCUUUUAUGUUUCUACUUUAGAAGCCUCUUAUACAUGGUAGACACAGUGGGCUUUUGUUUUGUGUACUGUACUGCAGAUUUAAGGGUGUGGGAAGCACAUUUGACUCAGCGAGUGCUAUUUACCUCCCAAUCCUGAGCAUGGAUAGGUAUAAGAAUACUGAGGGGAAAUGAGACAAACUGUUGUGAAGGAGGUGGAGGGGGGGGGCUGCAAUGGAAUGGAGUCCCAUUGAGGAGCAUUUGCAGCACAAGCCACCUAGCAUAUAAAAGUGCAUGUGACUACAAGAGACACAUGUCACUGUGAAUCAUUGCUAAUACCAUUUUAUUACCUUUCAGUGUUUCCUUGGGCUGUUCCUCAGACAGAACAUACCAGUGACACUCUUAGGGCAGAAGAUGGUGGGUAUUUUAAUUUAAUUCCUCAUAUUUUCUGGUAGUCAUGCUGAGCCAACCAUAACCAAAUGACCUUGAUUUCUAAAGCACAUUGAUUGAAAUAUGUUAAUACCAAGAAUUAUUUAAUAUGUACAAUUCCAAUACUUUUUUUUCUUCUUCAGCCGCUGCAGUUCGCAUUGGAUAUGAAGAACACAUGCCUGGACAGGUGAGAAUAAUUAUUAUAGGUAUAGUUCACAGAUGGUCUGUUGUAAUUUGAAUGUUUUUGUUUACCUCCUAACUUUAGCAGAAAACCACACCACUCCUCAAUUUUAUGAAACACCACUAUUUUACAUUGGAGUAGCUAGGGUUUCAUACCUGAGCCCAUAAAAGUGGGCUUGAGUCCGUAUGAAGAGUCCUGGACGUCAAUGGCAUUCAUUCUCUUAUUAGCCCCUUUUUACACCCUUAUUAUAGUUCUUUCACUUUACAAAAUAUUGCUAACCUUCUAUGACUUUUUUAUGUGAAUAUUCUAAGCAUGAAUUGUGCUACAUGAACUGAACCUCUGUUUUUAAAAUUUUUCAGCUUCGUGACUGGAAUGAAGAACUCCAGUCUGCUAGGGAAUUGCCAAAGGAAACCAUACAACAGCGUCUUCUAAGAGACAGGGCAAUUUUUAAGGUAUGUGAGACUAUUUAGAAUGCAAGAAAUACCUCAGAGAAAAUUUUGCUAAGCUGUAGAACCAAAAUAUACCAUGAGUAUGGAGUGAACACAUUACACAGUAUUUUGAAUUUGCCAAUUGAGGUUUUCUGUCAUUUGCUUUUAGAUCACAAGUGAUUUUGUUUCUGCUGCAACCAGAGGUGCAAUGGCUGUUGUUGAUGGUAAUGUCAUGGCAAUAAACCCAGGAGAAGAUGAGAAGUAAGUUUCAAAACCUAAUGACGAUAAAGACUAAGUUGUAAAUAAUAGUGUUCUUAGCUGCAAGGAUCUCUUAAUUUCAUCUCUCCACUGCAGUGCAAAUAUAUGAAUUUUCAUAUAUCUAAAAUCUUCAAAGACUAAGUGAUAUAGAACUUUUCAAGUACCCUAAUAGGUCUGUAGGAAACAAAUUAGAGCAUAACAGAGUUCAGAAUCAAAGAAGAUCAGUUAAUCCCAAGGGUUGCUGGUCUGGGUGAGUGUUGCCCUUAAUGGGUUUGUCAGGGACAUUGACUGAUGUUUUGACAACCCAAAGAGACAUUGUUAUCAGAGUGCGUGAUUGAUCAGUUUCAAUCUUUAGUGAUGUAAGGAUGCAUAGUAACAUAGUGUCUUGAGUAAGUAGCUAGUUUUAUUGUGCUAACUAAAAACUCAUGGAUGUGUUAUUUGUGUAGGAAAAGGAUGUUCAUCUGGAACAACAUUUUCUUCAGUUAUGCAUUUGAUAGCAGAGACCAUUUUGAGGCUGUGGGAGGUAAGCUGACAGUUUAAAAGGGACAUUAAACUAGGAUUCAAAGCAACAAAAUAAUUUCAUGUUUUUAGAUUCAGCCCAAACUUCUUCCUACUGGUAUUUUUAAAAUGUGACUCAGACAUUGCAUAUAUUUCUUGUGGCUCAAUUUGCUUUUUUGUUGAAAUGUUAUUGAAUCAGUUUGAUUUUUGUUUUCCUUUCUCUCAGCUUUUGUCACUGAAAAGAUUCAACUUUCUUAUCCCUCAGAAAAUGUUUAUUUUUUUAAUGUGAGAUUUAUUUAAUGAAAUCAGUCAGAUGGCAUCCUUUGAAAAUUCAAAUGAAUAAAAAACAGCUUUACAAAGAAAACCAGUUGCUGGAAGAAAAAUAUUAAGUCAUUAAACUGUAAUCUCUGAGCAUGAAAAAAAAAAUUAAAUUUAACCUCAAUAACUUUUGUUCAUUUCAUUACUUUUGUCAGGUGAUGAGGCUGCAUAUGCUGCUGCUGUAAGUUCUCAGUUAUUGUCUAUUACUUGCUUGUUUAAAAAUCUUACUCUUCUCGUAUUACAACUUAUCAAGGGAGUAUGCUUAGUUUGUAAUAACUCUAUAACUAGCAUUUGAUAUUUAUUUGAGGAUUACAACAUGCAAGUGAUUUUAUGACAUUUUCUACAGGGAGGAGAUCUCCGAGGAGUUAUGGCAUAUAACAGAUUGGACACACAGGUUUGUGAUUUAGGAUACAACUGUAGGUGCCAUUGAGAGUUCUGUUUAAAGAGUAGAGAGAGAAAAGUUGCUUGUUUCUCUCAGUUUGGAUAGUUAAUACAGUGUACUUGUCCUUAGUUGAUGGAUCUAUCAGUAUAUGUUUAUGUUUAACACAAUUUUAUAACAGGCCGAUUGAUACAAGAUAGGUGUCUGUUUUCUGCAGGGUCUCUUCACUCUUAGCACAGUUAUAGUAGAUUACCGUGGCUACAGGGUCAUUGGUCAGUCCAUCAUCCCAGGUAAAAUUUCAAUUUUCAUUUUAAUUGUAUUUGAGGAUUGUUAGGCUUAGUGUUGGGGGAACAAGGAUGUGUCCUUACCACUGUGGUCUGAGUAUGAUCUAUUCUCACAUUGGGUCAUGUGUUGGUCUAAUUUGUGGUUUGUUCUCCACCCUGCUUUCAAAGUUUUUUGAAAGGUGCGGUGGUUUCACUCUCUCCAUUAAAACAAAUGCUUCAAUUGUUGUAUCAACCUGGAAUAAGAGGACCAAGAGUCAUGUACUUUGUGGAUAUGUCAGCACUCAUUCUAACAACAGGGAAAUAUUUAUUGUUUAGUAAUUAUAGCAUGCGAACAAUAACAGUAUGACCUUGUUUGCCUGGUGCACAUGUGAUUUUAUCUGUUCAUUAAAUAUAUCAAGUCUGUAUUCUUCAGGAAUUCUCCAGCGUGAACAGGAGCAGUCAGUUAUUUAUGGUUCAGUGGACUCAGGGAAAAAUGUCUCAAGUCAUGGGAAGUUUUUGGAGCUGGUGAGAGAAUUACCAAACACAUACUUAGUAAUGUGUUAUUCUUCUGUUUUAGUGGUCAUCAGGCAUCCUUUGUGUAUAAGGAUUACUGCUAAAAUGUUUAAUGUAGAAUGAACUUAGCUGUUUAUUUGGUUAAUGAUAAUAACUAAAUGUUUUAUGUCACUUUCAGCUUCACAAUGCUGGCAAGUCUAUUCGAAUAAGACCUCACAAGUAUGGAACCUCUCAUUUCUUAAAUUCUAUUCAAUGUGUUUCAAGUAUUCUUUUCUAUGAAUGCAAAGAAUGGAACAGAUGGCUCAGCACUUCAAAGCUAGGUUUUACAGACUCUUGGAUUAAAAAAGGAGUUCACUGAUAAAUGAGAACUGUCAUUACAGAAAAGCAGAACAAAAACAUACACAGAGACACUAGGAUUGCACAUAGAAGUAAUCAAGUUGGUUUCUUUACCGGAAAAUUGAACUUCAUUAUAUUUUAUCAAUUGCUAAUCCAUUAUUUAAUGUAAAAGGGGUAGAUUAUGCAUGGAGGCCUCUGACAGUCACACCCUGUGCAAGUGUGCAGCAGCGAGAUUAAAAUUAAUUGCCUGUGUUGUCUUAGAUUUGGAGCUUACUCAAGCUGUUGUGCUUAUAAUUUACAAUCUCAAAACCUCAUUUUAUAAUGAUAUAAUUUAUCUCAACAAAUUUAUUUUUUAUCAGUACUGAUGAUUAAUUUGUCAAUAUCAAUUAGUUGUUAAUAUGAAUUGCUUGGUAGGGUUCUAAACUCAGAUGGUGAGGAGGUUGAACUUUGUUCUUCAGUGGAAUGUAAAGUGAGUAAACUCUGAUCCUCUUCCCUAACUGACAUGUAGGAAAGGAUUCUGGUUUGGGAAGUUGAUGAUUUACUAAACAUCUCUCUAAAUCUCUGAAUCAGGGCAUCAUAGGGUCUGAUGGGCGACAUUAUAUAUUGGAUCUGUUCAGAACUUUUCCACCAGAUGCUAACUUUUUGGGAGGUAAGUGAUUGAUUUUGAUGUUCUUUAAUUGUUGAUUAGCAGGGGAUGAAAACUGUAAAGUAUCUGUUGCUGUCUAGUAAGCAGUGUAUGCUAAGGAUUUUGAGUAUUCUCCAACAGUUGUAGGCAUUAAAUUUGAACUAUCUUUUUUCUUUUAUUAGAGAGAAAACAAAGCUGUGAUAAUGAAGAUGAAAAAGGGAACAAGUUCAUGUUUCCUCGUCCAUAUAAGCACAAACUUUGUUGUUUGAGACCGGAGCUUAUUGAGGGAUUUGUUGCGUAAGUAUUGGUGCUUUAAAAUACAUUGAGUUUUUGAAAGCGUGUUGUAGUCAUUUAAAUGAUACCCAGUGCUUUUUCAUCAAUUUUCUCAUAGGUUGCGUUAUGUGCUUUUCCUGAAGUUGGUUGCCAUGCAUGUGUCAGCUGCUAAACAGAAGGAAAUGCAGGUAACUGUCAAAAUGGGAAAUAUCUGUCCAUAGCUAAGUAUUUUUCCACAAUGUAAAUGAAGUUUAAGACAAACAGGGUGACAAAACUGACAAAUUGACCAACUGAUAAAGCCCUCUGUUUGCCAAAACAAAGGUGUGAAAGGAAACCACGUGGAAAAUUGUCAGCAAAGAAACUGCCAGAUCAAUGCACAUACAUGUUUUGCAGUUUGUUAAUGGGUUGCGUACAAGUAAGGAGAUAUCCCUUCCCCAGUUCCACAGAUGGAACAAACUCACUGUUCAACCUCAUUUAAUUGCAGAACAAGAAUGAUGAAAAACCUGUGGAUGAUGUGGAAGGUGAGAAGAUUGAGUGUCCAUACAAGAAUAAACAAAUCAGUGAAGGAAAUGUUGAGGGUGGAAGCAAAUUAGAAGACGCUGUGAAAGAGGCAGAGGAGAGUACAUCUAUAUCAUCUGACAAUUCCACAGGUUAGUUAAAGAAGCAAACCAAGUAAUAAUAACAAAGAGAUUUUAACUGUUAAACAGGGGAAACUUGAAGCAGAUUUGUGUCAGAGCAGGAAUGAUGCAUUGGAAGGAGUGAUCACCCUUCAAUGUUAGGGCCCUGAUUCUAUUCCCCAAACCUGGUGUCACAUUUGGGCGGAAUAUUUUGUUGGUUCUCAGUUAAGACUGAGUAAAAUCAGUUUUUGGAUUAUUGUUUUGCAAUCCUAAUUUCUCUCAGAUGCAGGUGACAUUUCAUCAGAUGCAAUUAAAUCAGCCUCCAAAGCUGUUGGUUCAAUUAGUGAAUCAGGUUGGCACUUUGGCAUGUUUCAUCACUGAUAGCUGUGCUUUUUUUUAACAUAGAAUCAUUUAACAGCCUGAAUUAUGGUUAGGCAUUAUGCAAAACACUUCAUCUUUUUUUUUACUUCUUUUUGUGACUUUUAAAAGUAAAUGAGAGAAAGUUGUAGUCAUAGCUGAUGUUGUUUUUCUGCAACAGAGUUUGAUGUAAGAUUUAACCCUGACAUCUACGCACCUGGAAUAAAGCAUGCACCUUCUGAGGUAGUGUUUGUUUCUUCCUAAGGAUAAUUAUUUGUACAUUUGAUGGCUCUACAAUCAAUGUGCACAACAUUCUGCAAAAAAAUGUCGAUUGGUUGUUAAAUGAGUGUGGCAAUGACAUAUGGAGUUCAUUUACUUAAUGUUAUUCUUUUAAUCUAGGAGGCGGCAUUGUCAUGUGACAGGCUAUUAGUACAGGAUGCAUCUGACUUUUUAGCAGAAACAGUCAUUAUAAAAAUGGUUAGUAGUUGCUUCAUACUUUCCUAAAAUAAUGUUAACCUAGGCAUGGAUUGAAGUGUAUUUUGUGUAACCCUGUCACACUCUUACAUACCAUUUUAGGUGGAAGAUUUUAUAAGUUUAUCCCAGACACCACUUGAUGGCUCACAGUUAUCAGAGAUUAUGCACAGUAGGUAAGUUGUCAUUAAAGUAUACCCUUGAGGAACAACUCAGGUCUUAAUUUAAUAGCAUCAAAACUGCCCCCUCUUCCCCCCCCCCCCCUUUUUUAAAAAAAUUGACUGUUAGAGUGUGACCCUUUUUAUGGCCCUGUAUCUCCUUGGUAGCUGGAAGGGGAAGAGCAAGUGAUCUUUCAGCAGUUGUCUCAAAUAUUAUUUAUUUUGGGAUCUCCUAGUUAGAGCAAUCCUUUUUGUAAGGUAAAGGUAAUUAAUGUUUUUAAAUUUUGUAUGAAUUGUUUUCUUUUGAUAGGGGCAUAAACAUGAGGUACUUAGGUAAAGUUGCAUCAAUUUUGGCUCUGCGGGCAGAUCUUGAACAUGUAUAUGUAAGUGCACUUGAUUGCUACUGAGAUGAUCAUCCACUGAGUGGAUGGGUCAACAACAGCAACUUUUUACCCAAAAAAACUGCAUCCCUUUGUGAAAUGAUCAAGGGACUGUCAAUUAAAAUUCUUUGUUUUUGUUUCAUUUAGAAAAUUGCAAUAAUGGAAAUGAUCACCAGGACUGUGAAGCAACUGUUUAAACUGCACAUGCAAAGUGGUAAAUCUAUAAUGUUUCACAUUGUUUUUUUUUUUUUGUAAUAUUACCAACAAUUCAUGGUAUUAUUUUGUUGAUGCUUCAAAAUUUUCAAAUCAAAGCAAUCAGAAGUCUUCUGUUUUGACCCUAUGGUCCCACAAUGUUCUGGUCAUUUUUGUUUGAUAGGUAAGUGUUUGAUGACAUGUUAUAUCAAGUCGGAAAUUUUACUGACCUUUGCUUUCAUUCUUUUUUUGUUGACAGCAAAUUUGAGGACACUUUCAGUUGCAGUUAGUCACUUUUUGAAUUGCUACCUGGUAAGUGACAGGAUUCUUUGAUCUUAAGAGAUCAUAUUUGUCACAAUUUUGCAACUUGGUUUAACAGGUCUUAUAAGGUUGGGAAAGCACUUUGACAGGGUUGAGGAAUUUUCAUGCAGAAAACCAGUGUGACAGGUUUCCGACAAGUGGUUCAUUUGUGGUAAAAAUAAGGGAAACAAGUUCUUUUCCUUGAUUCACAAGUACAUGGUGGCUUAAAUGCAUGUCUUAAAGACAAAUUUCUUUAUUUUCAGGGUGUAUAUCCCAAUCCUCAACCUCAUCUCCCAGCUGAAGAGGUACAGUAUGCUAUCUGUUAAGUUAAUUUUUUCAGAAUUUACGGCAAUAUGCUUUGUGUGGUGGGAGUUAAAGGGGCCUGAGUUAAUGAUCAGCCUGCAAGACUGGAGGUGAGAAGGUUUAUAGCAUAACCCCUGGUGUUGGGCUCAGUUACCAGCCACUGUCAAUGAAAUGAUCCCAUACUCCUUUGUGAGAAGGAUUGUGGACUAGUACAGGGAAAAGGGUUUAAUCAAACUUCUGAUGAGGCAUGGUAAUGUCUUUUUGAGUGUUAGGCAAGCAGCUCUCACACUUCCUGAAUAUAAAUGGGUACUAGGAAAUUGUCAGGGAAACUAACUUGAAUGCUGGCUGGUGCAGCCUUCCAAUUGACAUGCAUGCCUUUUGUUAAUCAUUUCAUUUCCUCCUCAAGGUUAUAAACAAGAAGAAAAAGAGUAAAAGGAAACCACUGAAAACAUCAGUAAAUGGAGGUAAAUUAAAUGAAAAAAUAGAAUGAUUCUUUUAUAUAGUAUGAAGUAUCACUGACAGUGACUGCUAUUUUUGCUAUAGUUUUAGUUCUACAUACGGUUUUGUUUUGUUUUUGUUUCUGUAAAUUUUGAAUUGGUGAUCUUAACAGUGUGAAGAAUGUUAAACACUUUUAAACCUAAAAUAUUUCUUACAAAGCCAACAACUAAUUUGUGGUUCAGUUGGUAGAGAAUAUGACUGCAGAUUUGUAUCUGACAAGGGUCUAAAUCUUCAUCAUGACUUUAUUUUUGUCAUACUUUCCUGACAAACGUUAGAGGCCUUUCUUUAUGUUUAUUCAUGUCCUUUUUAGCAUCCACUGUAGCCUGGGCGACACUUACUCCAGAGGAACUUUGGAAAUCAAUAGUUGAUGACACAGAAAAGCAAUUUGGAUUUGAGCUUAAAUGGUAUGGAUUCAUGUGCAAUAUUUUUGGUGUCAUUUUUGGGUAUUGUUAAUUGAAAAUAUUAUCUGCUUGUGCUUCCUAUUUGCAGCAAAAACAGUGAUGAAGUUCUCCUGUCAUACCGCAUACACAGAAUUUCCCUGCUGAGGUUACUCUGCUUAAAAACAGGUAAAUUGACUCUAGGAUAUUAUCAUGGCAAUGCAUGUCUCAAGGUUUCCAUCUUUCAAUAGUGAACUGUAAUAGAUGAGAAAUAAAGAAUGAAUCAUUCACUUGUUAAUUGCUUCUGUUUGUCUUUUGCAGGUGUCCAGAUAUUAUUGCGAGAUUAUGAUUUUGAGAGCAGGAAACACCCAACUUUCACAGAGGAUGACAUAAUGAAUUUGUUUCCAAUAGUAAAACACACCAAUCCAAAGGUCAGUAUAAGAGGUACAUGUUUUGUUCUUGUGUUCCAACAGUCAAAGGGGUGAAAGAUUAUGUCACAUGUAGAAUCAAAGCACUAAAUCUGUUAAAUAAUACUUCUUCAAUGUGUUUGCAGGCAUAUGAUGCAUCAGCAAUAUUUGAAGCAGCCCAAGGCCGCCUUCAAGGAGGUAGAUUUUACAGAAGAUAUAUACUCAAACUUCAUGAUGUGUAAAUAUAACAUGGUUGAACUUAUUGUAUAUGUAUUAUUGUCUGGUUCAGGUCUUCUUGGUGAAGCACAUGAACUCAUGGUAGAAGCUCUCAAUCUUUUCCAUCAAGUGUAUGGUCCAUUACACGCUGAUAUUGCUACUUGCUACAGGUAUAACUCAUAUUUCUCUGUAGUUAAGUCCACUGCCACUUAUUUCAUUUGGUGCAAGAUUGGGAGGGAUCUUAAAGGUAUUUAUUGUUACAUAACUAAAGCUUGACUAAUAUUUAAGUGGAAAUGUUGUGACAGCUUUUGAUAAUGGUUUUACAAAUAUUUUGCUUCUAUGACAGUUCUUUUUAGAUCCUGUAGCAGUGACAAAUACUGUCUGUUAAUCAACCCAAAAAUUCUUAUGAUUUUGCUCUUGGUUUAUUUUUUCACCUUCUUUUUUUAAAUUGGAUUUAUUUUGAACCAUAGGGCAAUUGCAAGGCUUCAUUACUUGGCUGAAGAUGCUGUUCAGGUUAGUGUAAGCCACUGUGAUUUGUGUUUACUAUUUGUUACAUUGUUGUGUUACGUAUUCAAGUUUAUGAUAAAUAUGGUCAGAAGUUCUGUAAUGUAGCAGUUAGCAUUUUGGACCCUGGAUCAAGUGGUUGAGUUUGAGACCCAGCCAGUGUAACUAAUUGAUUGCAUUGUUUCUAUAGCCAAGAUACUUUACUCACAGUUCUUCUCUCUACCUUAGAGUAUAAAUGGAUACUGGCAAACUGCUGGUAGAUUUGGUGGAAUUCAAGGCAGUUACAUUCAAUAAACUUUCACUCAGUUGGAGAGGAGUAGCAAUACUCCUUUAUCCAGUUGAUUUGUCUUUCAGUUAUUAGGCUCAUGAGGCCUAAUGCCAACUACUGCUAAGUUGACUGUGUAAUUUUUGUUUCUUUAUUUUGCAGGCUGUCAGUUAUCAGAAGAAGGCUGUGAUAGUUUGUGAGAGAGUUUUUGGUGUGGAUCAUCCAGACACAGUUAUUGCCUAUGUAAGACAAAAAUCAGUUCCUAAAUUGGAAAAUUAGUUCCUGUUUUGCAGUUAAGCAGUUGACAAAUUCAUGUUUUACUACUUGGGGGUUAUUUUAGUUUACUUUUUCAAAUUAAUUUGCCUUUUUGUAUUCACAUGACAGGUCCACUUGGCUCUGUAUUGUCACAAUGCAGGACUGGCAUCUGUGGCAUUGAAGCUGAUGUAUCGUGCAAGACACCUGGCAGUGUUGGUGUAUGGAGAAGGACAUCCUGAUAUGGCUACCUUUGAUGUAAAUAUUUACCCAACUUCAAAAGUUGAAUAGUUAAACAUAACAGUUUUGCCUUCCACAAAAAAUAGAGAUUCCUAUACCAUAUAAAACUUAUCCAGAAAACCAAACUUAAGCUAUGAAGUUUUUCAAUAUGCUCAUGUGUAAUCUGUAACAUUCUUUUCCAUCUUUUACUGUUGUGGGUUGAUAUUUUCUACAUUGGUCUUUUUUCCUACCUUACCAAUCUAAUAUUUUAUGGUUUCUGUAAUAUCAAGGGCUGAUUUUACUUGUGGCAUAAUUGCAUCAUGUUUUCUAACAGUCCUUUAUCAAAUGUGUAGCUGCCUACAUUCUCACUCAGCACAUAGUUCAAGUCAAUAAUCAUUAAUUUACCAUGUACAUGUACACUAUAAGUGAUUUGAGCAUCCAUCACCCUUAACAAAGCCAGUUACUAUGAGGGUGACCUACCCACAUGUAAUUUUGUUUGUGUCGGCUGAUCUACCAGUAAUUUAUUCUACAUUUACAGCCUCUAACACUUAUUUUUAUCCCAUUCCUCAUUUGAUCAGAGCAACAUUGGGCUCAUCCUACAUGGACAGCGGGAGUUCAAGAUAUCUGAAAAAUUUCUUGAGAAAGCUCUUGAUGUACAACUGAAGUAAGCUAUACACAUCCCUGUGUUCUCCUUUUUCUUUCCAAUCAACUUAUCAGCCCCUUACUGAUAAAAGUUUAUGGAGUUUAUAACAGGAUUUUAUUGCAAUGAAGUAACUUUCAUGUUUUAUGUCUAGUAUGGUUAGAACAUUGAUUAUGUUAUCUGGGAAAAUUAUAUCUAGCCAGGGAUAGGCCCUCAUCUUUACUAGCACUGCAGCAUGAAUGUUUCUUUGCCCCUGAGUAAGGUGAAGACUUUAGGCAAAGAAAGUGGGCAAGACAUCUACAAAGGAUCUUACAUUAAUAAUUGUUAUCAGUGUCAGGUAUACAAUUCAGCUUCCUUAACUGUCGUAGCAAUUGAAGUGAUUAAUUGGAAAUUUUAUGUUGACUUUCUAGGUAUCAUGGCCCAGAAAGUGUUCAUACAGCAAUGAGGUAAGUGCUCUGAUUUGGAUAAGUCACAUUUCCUCUUUUUUUAUUGGCCAACAAACGAUGAUCAUUUAAAAUUGAUUAGGUUUAGUUUGUAACGACCAUGCACUAAAAGACCAAAUCAGAUUUGAGUGACUUUGCAUUAGUGAUUUUCUAUCAUGUCAACUUAACUGAACCAUUUCUUCCCUUUUUUCUAAUCAAUUCAAUUUGAUAAUGGCCACAUGACAGCACAGGAAACAUCACUGACCUUUAUUGAUAAUAUUUGCCUAUCUUGGGUGUGAAUCUGUAAAGGAAUUUUUAAUGUGUCCCACAGUCAUACCUGCAGUUUAAUUAAAAAUGAAACUUUUUCAUAGCAAAUGAAAUUUACCUCAAAAGUUUAUGUCAAGAUGUUUUUACUUUACAGCUAUCACCUGGUUGCAAGAGCAAAGGCCUGUGUGAAUGAUUACAGAGCAGCACUCACUGCAGAAAAGACUGCUUUUGCUAUUUACAACAGCAAGGUAUUUUCAUGUGGGCAAUUAAUGCUGUUGAUAUUUACUUUCUGGUAGUAAACUAUGACCUGUUAGAAAAAAGGAUUUGUAGAAAACAUCAUUAUCAGCAAUUAAUUGUCUCUUUAUUGUAUAAACAAUUGGAUACAAAAUGCCUUGCAUUGGUUGAGUAUUGGUCGAUAAGGAUGUAAAAAAAAAGUUUCUUGAGGCCCAAGGAAAUCUUGUCCUUCACACAUUUUGAUGUUGUCAGUGGUGUAAUUGAACAGAUGCAAAGCAACAGUAUCUCUGGAGGUUAUUCCUCUAAAAUACAAACUUCCCUGAGAUGUUCCUCAACUCCUAUUUUGAGAGAAAAAGUUUGGAGGUGUUUCAAGCAUAUUUUGGAGUGCUGUCGCUGUUUAUACACACCCUGUAUGCAAUAACAGGUAAUAAGGUUCUCAUUUUCAUAGUUUGGUGAAGCAGACAGUCGCACUAAGGAGAGCUUGGAAUAUCUCAAGCACUGCACACAGCAGGCUGUUCUUAUACAGAAAAAGGUAACUGGUAAAGAUCACUAAUUUCCUUCAGGUCAGCACACAUUAUAUGUGAAUACUUUCUGUGACAGAUCUCUGUAACAAAGAGUUCUGUUUGUGUUGCUUCCAAAACAAGUCCUAUUAACUUAUUUUAUGGCUUCACUGAUAUAAGCAUAAAACAGAUUAAUUUUUGUAUAUGCCCUACUUGCUGUUGGGAAAAUUUCUUUCUCUAUAAAGAUUUCUGCAAAUUAACAUUAUUCAUUUACGAUGGCAAUUGUUACAAUAACUUUUUGUCCAGUGAAUCCCAAUUUGUAGACUUCUAAAUUGAUUGUUUUGGAAUUGAAAAUAUGCUAGCUUUUUUAACAAACUGCUUGUAUGAAAUAUCCUCAUUUGUUUUUUAAAAGUUAAAUGAAAUCUCAGGAAGAGGAACAGCUAAAGAUGGAGAUAACAAAAGAUCUACAGGGGUGAGUAGGAACUUUUUAAGUUCCCAGCAAUUUUUGACUAGAUGUUUUGUGGUUAUUUGUAAUGUUAGAUAAUUGUGGACUGAAGUUCUAGAUUCUGGAGUGUUGUUCCUUUCACAGUGGAAAGUACCAUUUGUUUGUAGCCAAAGAGAGGUAUUGAACCAGUGAUUAUAAAAAGGACAUCCUUAUGUGCUUUUUACUGUAUACACAAUAACAGUAUUUAAAAUUAUUGGGUUUUGCAGAUCCCUGUGUUGCCACCUGAUGAUGAAAACAUCUCGCAGCUGAUGGGAAUACUAUCCGGUCUCCAGGGGGUUCCUUCCUCUGGGACUUCUCCCAUAAAGUAUAUCCACUGAUAUUUUUAUACAUGUAUCAUGAAAUAGAUGUACAUGCUAAUAAUAGAUGUUGUAUUUUAAUGAACUUCACUAUGGCAUCAUCCUUGUCAUUGCCCAAAUUUCUUCCCCAGUUUGUAAAUGGAUUUCAGUAGUAACUACCUAGCCAUUUAACUCUCUUUAUGUUAUUAUUGUAUUUCUUUUUAGAAUACAAUACAUGUUUAUAAUAAACUGAUGGCCUCAUUUAAAGAAAAAACCUUCUAGCUGAUAGUUUUUGUGUUCUUCUUACUCUUUGUUCUGGAUAAUAUAUAAUGAGAUGGGAGAGAGAAAUUACAUGUUAAUCUGUUGUGUGGUUGAAGGGCUGAACCACUAAUAUAAAUUAAGGAAAUGCCCAAUUUUGCCAUUAUUAUAUUUGUUUAUGCCUCCUAUUAAAACCUUGAUUUUAGUUUCUCUGAAUUUUAAGACAUUUCUUCUUUAUCUCCCUUUAAUAAUGUUUUGUAUUAAUAUAUUUUUUUUCUAUCCAGGGAUACAUCUGCAGAAGUGAAAAAAAUAGCCCAGAAUGACACAGCUCAGGAUGUGCUCAAUAGCAACCAAGCUGCAGUUUUGGAGAUGGAUUAAACAAGCACAUUUAUUUGUGUCUCAAUUUUAACUUAAUGCAAGCUAGAGUUGCACCCAUGUUUGCACCAAACGUGCAACAACUGCUUAAAGGCUCCCUGUUUUGCUACUGAAUUAUGUUGGACAUGUUUUUUAAAAUGCAUUUGUUGAUGGGAAAGUAGAAUUUUGUCAUUUACCAGUUAAUCAAUGAAGGUUUUGAAGGCAGUCCCAGUCCAAACAUAUUUAGACAGCCCUUGCUUGAACCUUUGAAAGUUCACAAUUUUAUGUGAAAUGAAAGGGUGCACUUGGUAAAGUGUUAUAUUACUGAAAUUAUUAUUUCUUUUGUAACUGAACAUGUCUAUUAGUUACAGAAUUAAGGGAAUUCUUAGUCCUUUAAUCAAUUUUUAUUGUUUCUGGAAAUGGUUGUCAAAAUAUUUGAUGACAGACAAUGGACACAUAUAUAGUUUUGAACUUGUUUGAUAGUGAAAUUUUCAACCUUGAACAAUGUGAUUGCUUUUUCUUUUUUUUUUUUGAUCAAUGUGGUCAGAACAUGAUCCAUUCCCUCUUGACAAUUAUUGAUGACACUUUCCAGUGUUCUAUUUAUUGUGGUUCAUCUCCUGAGCUUUCUUACACUUCAGGUUGCAGUGAAUUCACUUUCAUGUUCCAAAAAUUGUUUAUACACAGCCAAUAUUUGGUUUAACCUUCUAGCUCUCACGUCUGAUCAAUGUGUAACUUCUUGUUACAAUGUCAAUACAUCAUUCAGGGAGCAGAUGAUAAGAAUAGAAGAAAUCACCAUCAUUACUUGGGUAGUGGGAGUUCAAGCACUGACAAAUUCUCCCUCAAUUGUUGGUUAACUUCUUGUGCUGUGUAUAAAUGCCAGGAGCCACCUUUUCAGACUUUUAAUUGUUUUGUCAGCUCACACACUUUAACACUGUUUCAAAACUUUGCAACAAUUUGUUGCUCUUCUAAUAUGAUCCUUUGUUGUCACUGACUUGCGCAGUGUGAAUCAAGGCUCUUUUAUAAUGAAGGUAACUAAGUGCUUAUUGUAAUGAUUAUAAAAUAAUUGGGUUUUAAAAUAUUUAUUUAAUGUUAAGAUCUUUUUGGUUGACUUCUUACUUGAAUUUGCUUGUUGAGUGGUUGUUGAUGUGGUCAGAAAGGUUCAGUUUGAAUGACUCGUCAUUACAAGCAUAUUUUACAAUGUGGAAAAGAUACAUCAACCAAUUUUGAUCCAAAUUGAAAACUCAUCUAGCAACCAGAUUUAACAAUGAAUUAGAGUGCUUGACAGGGAAUAAAAAAACAAUUCUGUUUAGCUGCCUCUUGACUCUCAAUAUUGUGCCUUUAGACUUAAUUAUGUACACUUUGAUGUGUAUUUUGGUAUGUUUGGAAAAAUAAGGUACUUGCCAGGUAUAGCAAAUUUGACACCUAUCUUCAAAGAAUUUACUUUAAUUUACCAAUCCCUGGACAGAAGUCUACAAUUUCAGAGCCCAGAUCAUAAUUAGGAUUGAUAACUAGCCUGUCUACAUAGGAAGGGUUUCUACAAAGGGAAGAUAAAAUAAUAGUAAAUAAAAAACAAUGCACAGCAUCACAAUUUUAAAUCAAAUGACACUUUUUAUUCUUUUUUUUGCAUUACAAUAAUUGUACACUAGUAGGCAUUGGCAUAACUUAUCAAUAAUCAAUUGUAAUAAUAAUAAAACUGCCAUUUUUUUUACUGCAGGAGUAAUUCUUAAUUUGUUGAUGGGUUACUAACCCCAGCAGACACAAGUUAGAAAGAGCAAAUUGAAAAUUACACUUUAAGAAUGAUGUUACAUUAUGAAAAGCAAUAAAUAGAUAACAUUCC